AUGGCUUCCAAAUUAAUAACAGCUCCAUUCUCAAUUCUCAUCCUUAGAUCCCUUGCCCUGAUGGCUUCUGUAAUUUCUAUGGCCUUAUUGGCUUCCAGCCAUUACCAGCAAUUUGGUGCUAGUUAUGAUUAUGAAAAGAUUUCCACUUUUAGAUAUGUGAUGCCAGUGGCAGUGAUAUCAAUAGUAUACGGUGUGGUUCAGUUACCCUUUGCUGCAUCCUACGCUCUAAAGCACAAGAGACUGAUACCGCAGCAUUUUGAGUUCUACGCCGAUAUGGUGAUGAACUUGUUGCUUGCCACAAGCAGUGGUGCUGGUAUUGCUGUUUCUUGUGAGUCGAAGAAACGAAUUCGUGUUGGCACCAGCACCGUCACCGGCAUCAGCGGCUAUUAUGAUGAUGAGGAAUUGGUGGGCAUAAAAAAUGCUCUUAGGAGAUUUUCUGAGUUCCACAACAAGCUACUUGCUGCUUCUGUCUUCCUCUUUGUGGCUUGGCUUUUCUUGGCUGUCGUUUCCAUCAUUUCAUAUAACAAUAAUUCAAAUCCAAGCCCAUCAACUCUUCAUCAUCAUCAACUUCAAUCUAAUACAGUUGAACACUCUCCUACAGAAGACCCUGCACAACACAGCGAUGUUACUCCUCAUCAAGAUGUUAAAGUAUCGUCUGAUGAUGUGUCUGUGUGA